AUGAAACCAGGUGAUUCGCAGGAGGUGGACUACCUCAUGAUGACGCUGGACGGCGUGAAUAAGAUCCGGAUAUACGGCGGACCGUCUAGUGUGAUCGAUACCAUCCGGCAGACGACCAAGACGCACUGGCAGAAGGGUCUCAAAGAGGAGGUGGACGAGACGCGGGCGUGGUGUUACAAAUUGAACGGUACUCCGUGGAAGACAGUCGGCAAGUACUGCGUCUACUCACGGAAGUUGUUGAACAACAUCUUCGGAGCGUUGUCCAGCGAUGGCUGGGUCAUCAGUGCUACCAUCGACCUGACCAGGAACCCGUCAGACAAGUCGAUAUUUAUAUUUCGAAGCUCGACGGCCGCUAACCGCAAUCACUGCUGCAUAAGCCUGAACUCGAAGAACAAGAUGCGACUGAUAGACGUCAAACUGGAGUUGGCACACGUCAUCCGCGAGACGAUCAACGGCUGGUGGCCUUACGGCAUUCAGAAGAUGAGCGACUUUUUCGGUAGCCUGGAAAUCGACCUGUACGGCAUGCCAUGGAUCGGAAGUCCAGGCAGCUGUGACCUGAUCGUCCGCGUGUUCAUGUGCAUUGUGCUCAGCAAACUGGCCGAGAGUCAUUUCAACGUAGUCGCUUCAUGCUAUGUGUCCAGCUCCUCCCAGAACGACCACCACCGGAUAAGCACCCGUGUGGACGUGGACAGCUGGUUUUUGGCCUCUGACGAAACGCACAGUUCAGAAAACGGCUAA